UCUAAAAAGAUAAUUUAAUGACAUUUUACUAGCCUCGCUCUAAUAUCACUUUCACCAUCAAAGGAAGGUCCCCUCAAGCUCUUCUCGUCCUCAUAUUCUGCUUCUUCUGAUUAGCUCUUUGGGAUUCUUCUCCUGGGAUUUGAGCUUGAGGUGGCAACGGUUGAGAUACACAUAAAAAAAAAAAACAAAGAAGAGGACAAAUGAAAGGCAUUCAUCCUAUAAAUCCAAAACCAGCAACCUUCCAUAGUCUUAACGCAUCACAAGUGAAGAAAAGAGGUCAUACUAGUCGCUCAUGGAUACACAUUGAAAAAUCCGGGAAAUCUCAAAUUAUAGAACUAGACAAGGCCACUAUAAUGAGACGCUCAGGUUUACCUGCCAGAGAUCUUCGUCUUCUGGAUCCUCUCUUUGUUUAUCCUUCGACUAUCCUCGGUAGAGAGAGAGCCAUCGUUGUCAGCCUCGAGCAAAUUAGGUGCAUCAUUAUGGCUGAUGAAGUUUUUCUCAUGAAUUCGUUGGAUAACUGUGUGCUGAGGUAUGAAUCAGAGCUGUGUCGGAGGCUCGCGAUGACACGAAAUCAAAACCAGAACGAUGAUUUGCCUUUUGAAUUCAAAGCACUUGAACUUGCUUUGGAGCUAUCUUCAACGUCACUUGAUGCUCAGGUCACAGAGCUUGAGAUCGAGAUAUAUCCCUUGCUCGAUGAACUAGUCUCCUCCAUUAGCACCAUCAAUCUCGAGCACGUUCGAAGGCUGAAAAGUCACCUUCUUGCCUUAACUCACAAAGUUCAAAAGGUCCGAGAUGAAAUAGAGCAGCUAAUGGACGACGACGAGGACAUGGCAGAGAUGUACCUAACGGAGAAGAAAGAGAGAAUGGAAGCUUGUUUAUCGACAGACCGAGAAUUUAGCAGCGUUUCAUCGAUCAAUAUGGUGUCUAAGUCUGCUCCGGUGUCCCCUACAUUUUCCAAUGAUGGUCUUCGACAAGAAAAGCCAUGGGCAAGUACAGUUAUGAGCUCGAUCAAGUACGAGAGUUCGAGAGGUUCUUAUGGUGUUGGGAGACAAAUUGAAGAACUUGAGAUGUUACUUGAAGCCUAUUUUGUUGUGGUGGACAGUACAUUGAACAAGCUGUUAUCGCUUAAAGAGUAUAUCGACGACACUGAAGACUUCAUCAAUAUCAAACUGGAUAAUGUUAGGAACCAGCUGAUCCAAUUCGAGUUGCUGCUGACCGCUGCGACAUUUGUGGUUACAAUCUUUGCAGUAGUUACCGGUGUUUUUGGGAUGAACUUUGUUGACUCGGUUUUUGAUCGAUCCUCGAAUUUCAACUUGGUUCUGAUUAUAGCGAGUGUAUCGUGUGCAGCUAUAUACUUCAGUUUCCUGUUAUAUGUCAAGCAUAAGAGGCUGCUGGCAUCAUAAGAUAGUUUUUCCCCCCUCUCCGGAUACUUCAUUUGUUACUGGUGAAUUCUUUAGAGAAUUUAAGGCCUCUGUAGUAAAACAUUUGGGCACCCAAAAAAUAAAUCGGAUUCUUUAAAGAAA